GCCGUGGUAUCAACGCAGCGUACGUGAGUGGGCGCCCGUAUCGAUAGGAUCGGCAUCAGCCGAUACCUACUAAUAUGGUCGAUGAAUAUGCGGAAUAUAGAUGUGCCGCAUGUAAGAAGGAAAUAAAAAGUCAGGUCGUAACAUGUAAGUCAUGUGUCAAACUUUUUUUCCAUUCAGGAUGUGCAAGUAAACAUGAGGUGUAUGACAGAAAUCGAGAAUAUGUGUCUUGUCCUGGCCCAUAUGAGAAGUUCACAGUAGACAGUGAAAAAGAUAUAGAUGUGAAAAAAACACCAAUACAGACGGGAAGCAGAAGAGAAAGACCAAGUUCUACAGGAUCGACAGGAAGUGGCGGAAGCAGAGCGAUAGGAGUCAACGUGGGCAUGGAUACGAAAAUUGAUUGGCUAAUAAGAACUAUGAGAGAGAUGAAAGAUGAAAUGGCAUGUAAACGAGAAAUAAAAAUGCUUAUAAAGGAAACAGUGCAAGAGGAAAUAAAAGCUAUUAAACAAGAAAUUAAAGACCUACGAAAAAUAAUACGAGGAGGAAUGCAGGCGUCAGCGGAAAAUGUGCGCGGCAGUUACAUUGAGGCAACGAAGAAAAAGAAGGAAAACAUCAUAAUCAUCAAACCGAAGACUCAGCAAGAAAGUGAGACCACUAAAAAAAUAAUAAAAGAAAAGGUUGAUAUUAAGAAUAUGCCAAUGGGGAUAACAAAGGUACGAAAAGGAAGAGAAGGAACAGUAAUUCUAGGAUGUGAGACCGGAGAAGAAAUAGAUAAAUUAAAAGAUGUAGUACAGUCUAAACUAGGUGACAAUUAUAAUGUUACAGAAUCACUACAAAAGAAGCCGAAAAUAAAAAUUGUUAAUAUUAGCGAGGAAGAAAUAGAGUUGGAUGACGAUGAGCUAAUAGAUACAAUAAAGAAACAGAAUAGUAUUGGUGAAUCUCGUAUAAGCAUAGUUAAGAAAUCCCGAAAAGAAAAAAUAUGGAUGAUAGUCAAUCUAGAAGGAAAGGAAAAGAAGGUAGAUCUUUAAUAAUUGAAGUAGAUG